GAUGGAUGAUAUUCUUAAAUUUCAAUAGUAAGAGAAUUCAUAUUUGUAAUAAUACAAAUAAUUGAUAUUGCCAUUUGAAGAAUUGAUUGGAUUAGCAAAGGAAUUAGACACAAGGUUUUAGAGAUCUAUUAGAUAGCUUUAAUUAAAAUAAGUAUGAAAUAGAUAAUUAAAUAAGAGGAGUAAUUAUAUAGAUUAUAUAGAUUGAGUAGAAUAAAUGGAAGAAUUAAUUGAGAGAGAAGGAGUAGGAGCAAUUAUUAUAAUUAGAAUAAGAGAUGAAUUAGAUUGAUAAAUAAUUUAAGGAGAGAUUGAGGACUAUUCAUAUAAAAUGA